UUCUCACAUUACAGCAAAAGUGAGACAGAAAGAAAAACCAUUAGAGAGAGAGAGAGAUGGAUGAUCAUAUGACGCUCGUGUCUCAGAUGUACUCUGGUGCCUUCACCCAGAUUGUUCCACAACAAGGAGAAGCAAAGCCGAGGAGGAGGAGGAGGAAGAACAAAGCGAGCGAAGGGAUGAUGAGGAAGAGGAAGUUAAGUACGGAGCAAGUGAGCGUGCUCGAGAUGAGCUUUGGGAGCGAACACAAGCUCGAGUCGGAUAGGAAAGACAGAUUGGCGCUGGAGUUAGGGCUCGACCCUCGUCAAGUCGCUGUCUGGUUUCAGAACCGUCGAGCUCGUUGGAAGAACAAGAAGCUCGAAGAAGAGUUCAACAGGCUCAAGAACCUCCAUGAAAGCGCUGUCGUCGGCAAAUGUCGUCUUGAAUCCGAGGUGCUUCAGCUGAAAGAGCAGCUGUCUGAGGCCGAGAGGGAGAUCCAACGGCUGGCAGAGCGAGUCGAAGGAGUUUCAAGCAACAGUCCGACCACAUCGUCGGUGUCGGUGGAAGCCAACGACACGCCAUUUCUCGGGGAUUUUGAAAUGGACAACACUUACAACGAUUUGAUCUACUCUCCGCAAAAUGGUUACAUCGACGGCAUGGAAUGGAUGACCAUGUAUAUGUAAUAUUACUAGCUAAUUGAUGCCCCAUUAUUAUGAUAUUGUUGUUAUAAUUAAAUUAGGGAAUUGUUAAAUAAUUAUUUUAGUGUUAUAUAUAUAUAUAUAAUAUUCGACAGUAUCUGCAAUUGUAGAUGUAAAUAUGCGAUGGUCCCAUGCAAUAGCAAUGGCUAGCUAAUGGAGUAAUGUCUUGUCUCUUCCUUUAGUAGACUUCUU